ACAUUUGAUACAGACUACCACAGGUGCAACAAGGCCCUGUCAGCCAAAGACCAAGAUGUGGCUCCCUGUGACUGGUACCAGAGGGUUUACAAGAGCCUCUGCCCCCUGAGCUGGGUCGCCAAAUGGGACGAUCAGAUGGAGAGUGGAACUUUCCCCGGGAAGAUCUAAAAAUGCCCAAGCUGCUAUGGAUCAGGACGGUCCGCUGCAGAACGUCCUGUUCGAUGCACUGUUACCUUUGUAGUGUGCCUAAGGACAUCUUCACACGCCCAUCACAUCAGAGAUGUUAUUAACUCAAACACGCACAACUUUUUACCCUGCUAUGGUCUGAAGUUUGUUUCCCGUCUCUAUUGUAAACUACUCUUCUGCAUUAAUUAAUCAAUAAAUAUAUUGCAGAUUUAAUUAAAAAGGGUGUUGCUCAUUA